AUGGCACAUCCCAAGCCAAACAUCAUAGCUCCCGCCGCAUCGAAUGGGCAGUACCAACACUUUGUCCCCCAAUUUCUUCUCAAGAACUUCGCCAACAGGGUCCCCAAGGCACCCAAGACACCCAAAGGAACUUCAAAGCCGAAGUAUGAGAAGGGCAUGUUUCCAGGAGACCUGGUAAUCAACAGCCUCGAUAUGACCCAGGACUCCGCCGUCUUCAUCGAGAAGCCCGUUUCCAGGAUCCUUGGGCAAAUCAACAUGUACGACGACUUCACGAAGCCGGACAAAGAGCGGAGACACGUUGAAAAACUGUUGUCCAAACUUGAGGCUCAGGCAGCCCAGAUCAUCACCAAGGUUACCAAAGCCUUGGAAGCCAAGGAGCCCACAGUUCGUCUCAUGUGGGAUGAACGCUCCCUGCUCCGCAAGUUUCUCUUCCUCAUGAGGUAUCGCAACAUCGGGUUCUACAAGCGCUUCCACCACGAAAACGCAGCCGAAUACUCCGAUCAGGACCGCGAACAGCUUCGCGAAUACAUGACCGAGAAUCCUCAGUUCAAAACACCCAUGGAUGUUUGGUUGAAUAACAUCAAGACCAUCGUCGAGCUCGAAAUAGAUCCAGACUUCAAGUGGGCCCGCGAAAUCGGCAAACAUAUGUAUCCCGACGAUGCUCAAUGGUUCCUCUACAAUCUCCAAUGCAACACAAUGGCAUUUUGCGUCCCAUCGAACCCCGAAGAUGAGUUCAUCCUCACUGAUAACAGCUACACGGUCUCCGACGAGGUGCAGGUGUUCGCUCGAAACGUCCGAUCGGACCGUAUUGAGACACUUGCGCGGGCACCUUUUCACGAGUUUGCGCCAGUAUCCCCCAAGCUCAUGAUCGUUCUUCGCUCCCACUUUUUGUCUGAGCCACUAGAAGACAACAUGCCGGGGAUCAAGGCUAGAAGGGAAGCCAAGCGAGCCUCUGCUUUUGAAGGAUUUGGCCCUGUUCAGAGUGUUCUGGAGGACCUUCCCGUCGGCAAACCACACAACAGUCAUCUCAAGCUUGUUGGUAAUCUUCUUUGCCUUCGAGAAGGGGAAGACGGCCGCCAGAGAAGAGAGCACAGCUAUCUCUUCCAUUUCUUUUCGGUUGAAAGCCGCCACGUCCACACGAUAAAUUCGAUUCUUCUAGAUAAAUGCAUAAACUGUACUAGUAUCAUCUUCAACUCCAAAGACGCCUUCGGAAAGACACUCGAAUGGUAUCUGACUGCCCCGUUGGAGUACGGCAAGACAUUGAUCGGGGAGAACGCAGAUUUGCGUGAGAAGAUUUUGAUGAAACUGGAGGCGGUUUCCCGGUCGCUUGGUUCGAAGAAGGAAACGGAGUGGACAAGGGUCAACAACUGUCAUGUGGCUGCUGACCACGAGUACAGUCGACGUGUUGACCAGCAAGUGAGGAAGAACUUCAACAAAGUUUUAAGUGGCAAGAAAGCCCCCACACCACCAGAUAUAAACAGCUUUGAAGGUAUCAGCGCCGUCAUCGAUGAGGUGAUGAAACAACCAGGGGCGACACACGACGGAGGUCCUCCUGGAUUCAAUCCCAGAACCCAAUACCGGAUGCUAGGCGGUUCUAUCCAUACUGCUCACAAGGACAAAGAGCAAGCUAUCUUGAUGAUGACGCUGCGCAUCAAGAUUGACCACUGGUCGCGCGGAGUAGACGAGGAAAUCCGCCAUCAUAACCGACAGAUACUUAUCGCCGAGUACCUACGAAUGCCCGCUCGAAGACUAUGGAGCUAUAUGCAUAUUGUCAGGUACAUGUACUUGAGUGAUACAUACUUCAUACCCAUUAGACUCAAGCCUGAACAGCCGGAGGAUGCUGUCAUAUAUGCCAAGGAUUUGUUCCAACCGGACAGGUUGACUUCGUUGAUUUAUAAAGCUUUCACGUAUGAUAUUGAAUGUCGCAAGUUCCCCCAUAUCGAUAUAUGGGGUGAGCUCACACCCGACUCAAAAAACACGGCAUUGAUGAAAGUGUUGGCAUUCGAGGUUCAAGGUACCGAAUCCAUUCUCAAUUGUGGAAUUCCCACCAUCGAAAACCUCGCCGCCUCUCUCGUCUCCCAGACUCCCUUCGUCGGCAUGGCCCUCGGCAUCUGGUCCCGGAACCCGCGAAACCCCAACUAUCACCCGACUCCAUCCCCGGACUUCGAGUCCAACCUCGACGCCGCCCUCGACCUCUUCGACAUCCUGCACCGCACCGAGCUCGCCCUGCGCGUCAUCUGCCGCACCCGCUUCCUGGGUAUCAUGGAAUCCGAGCGCGUCCGUCACGGCUUAACUCCAAAGACGCUGCAAGAUCUGCAUAAAGUCUUCUUCACCGCCGUUUAUCCCACCCCACCAGACGAUUGGAGGUAUCGCCUCUGGUGA